UGUCUUCUUUUAGCGUUAGCUUGAUGCGUGUUUAUGCGGGAGCGGGUCAGCUGAGUUCGCUGCUUCACUUAUCGAAGUAUUAGAGACUCGGCAGCCCGCCUGGGGGGUGUUUUCCUCCAAACCGACUUCCCCCCGACGACCGGGCACCGGGACGACUCAUGGUAGCGACCCGGCGACGCGCUCACUCAGCCAGCCAGCGAUCCACAUGACAGCCCGAAGCCUCCGGCUAGCGUUAGCAUAGCAGCUAAACGAGCGAGACGCACUGGGAAGGGGUGAACAUGGCAGGUGGAAUCACGGAGCGAGGAGAACCUUACUCCCCCUUUGUGGGGCUGGUCUACAUGUUCAACCUGAUCGUGGGAACCGGAGCGCUGACGAUGCCCAAAGCCUUCGCCACGGCCGGCUGGGCGGUGAGCAUCGCGCUCAUCUCCUUUUUAGGCUUCAUGAGGUACAUGACGACCACAUUGGUGAUGGAGGCGAUGGCGGCAGCCAACGCUCAGCUGCGCUGGAAGAGGAGGAAGCAGGAAGAGGUCGAGGACAGCGACUCCAGCUCGGAGUACUCGGACGAUGACCCGGUGGUCCGGGGCCGGGCGGAGCCGGAGACCAAGCCCAUCUUGUCUCACCGGGAGGGUCAGAGGUCGGGGGGGCACGUGGACCACUUUGAGAUCGUGGAGCGGGUGGAGAUGGGUCAAAUGGCCUCCAUGUUCUUCAACAAAGUCGGCGUCAACAUGUUCUACAUCUGCAUCAUCGUGUACCUGUACGGGGACAUGGCCAUCUACGCCGCCGCCGUGCCCAUCUCCCUGAUGGAGGUGGCCUGUGGGAACCACUCCUGCAGCGCCGGAAGUGUGAAGUACAACGACACCGACCCGUGCUGGGGCUCCGUGACCAGGACGGACGCCUACCGGGUGUUUCUGACCGUCUUCACGCUUCUCCUCGGGCCGUUCACCUUCUUCAGCGCCCAGAAGACCAAAUACCUCCAGAUUCUCACCUCCCUGAUGCGCUGGAUCGCCUUCACCAUGAUGAUCGUCCUGGCUCUCCUCCGCAUCGGCAAAGGCGCCGGCGAGGGCCGCCCGCCGGUGGCCUCCCUCUCCGGCGUGCCCAACCUGUUCGGGGUGUGCGUGUACUCCUUCAUGUGCCAGCACUCGCUGCCCUCCCUGGUGACCCCCAUCUCGGACAAGCGGCGGGUGGGGGCGCUGGUGCUGGCGGACUACGUCCUGAUCCUGGGCUUCUACGUCCUGCUGUCCUUCACCGCCAUCUUCUGCUUCGACAGCUCGCUGCUGCACGACAUGUACACGCUCAACUUCACCGACAACUGCCACGUGCUGGAUCCAGCGCUGCGCUACUUCCUGAGCCUCUUCCCGGUCUUCACCAUCAGCACCAACUUCCCCAUCAUCGCCGUCACGCUGCGCAACAACUGGAAGACCCUGUUCCACCGGGACGGGGGCACCUACCCGUGGGUGGUGGACCGGGUGGUCUUCCCGCUCAUCACCCUGGUGCCCCCCAUCGUGGUGGCCUUCUGCACCCACAACCUGGAGUCCCUGGUGGGCAUCACGGGGUCCUACGCCGGCACGGGGAUCCAGUACGUGGUGCCGGCCUGCCUGGUGCUCUGCUCCCGGCGCCACCUGGAGCCCGUGGCGGGCCGGGGCGCCGCCAACAAGCACCGCUCGCCCUUCGGCCACGCCUUCUGGGUGUGGUUCGUGCUGCUGUGGGCCGCCUCCUGCCUCAUGUUCGUCACGGCCAACAUCAUCCUGACCGACGUCCAGAAAUAGGAGAUCCGAGGACUUAAAUGGAUGAAUGAGGGGAACGUGUAAGUGUUCUCGCCGCCUCUUCAGGGGACUUUUCUUGCAAAUGUUACGUUUAAUUAAGAGUAAUAUAUCUUAAUUUGUCAAAAGGGACCAAAGGGGAGUUUUUGUUCCAUGCGGAAAGAAGAAAAAGCUGGAAAAGAAAGUCACUCCCAACGAUGAGACAGAAAAGCUAUUUUUAUCAAAAGGACUUUUCAAGGAUUUGCAAAAAAAUCCUCGAGCGGGCGUAACGUCAUCUGGUAUGUUGGACAUUUAAAGUUCUGAUGUUGGCGAAGUGGUUUGACGCCUCCUGAACUUCAGGGUCAGAUGUUGAGCAGUGAAACGGGUCGAUAAUGAAACAUCGGCAUACUUCUUAAAGGGCCAACGUGUGUAAUCUGCUGAUUUCGGAUUAUUCCCGUUUUUGUUUUAUACCCACAUACAGAGCCGGCCGCCAUGUUUCUACUGCAACCGUUUGUGUGGGCGGAGCCGCUGCCCGUGUGGGCGGGGCCACUGUCCCUGCAUGCAGAGGUCCAUAAAAGUUUAUUAUCACGCCUCAUUUCCAUGUUUACCGUCACGCUUUUUGUGCCGUUGAGAAUCUAGAUGAUUAUUGUUCAGUCGGAGUGAAUUAUUACGUGUUGAUUCUGUGGAAUCGGCCUCCAAAGUCAUCCAGUCAAAUCUGCACGUGAAACAUUUCAAAUGACAAUCAGCUUUUGUCUUUUAUCUUUUUCAUUUUAAAGUUUGCUGUAUCUUCACAUGUUUUUGUUUACAAUAAUUUGUCCUUUUUGAUUCUAUCAUUUAUUUGGAUGUUUACAGCUUUAAUGGAUUCUGAUUUAUAUUAUUCACAAAGAAAAUAAAAGGUUUACGUUCAUCCGAAA